GCAUAAUCAGUAAGAUGGUAGAGAAAGGAGAUUUAUCUUAUUUAAAAGACAACUCACUCGAAGUAAUAGGCCGUUUAGUUCUUUACGGUAUCAUUGUGUUUACUCACAUUGCCUUAGGGCAAUACCUAGAAGAAUUAUACAGCACUUAUUUACGAAAAAAAUUAACCCAAGAAUAUUUGCGAGCCAACUUUUCCCAAACUCAAAAAA